GUCUAGGAAUCGUGAAGAGUUCUUUAGAAAUUUCUUUUUGGCUAGAAUUGGUCUACGAGAAUUGGUGAGUGCUUCGUUCCUUUCGAAAUUUGCGUUUGAUUAUAUAAUACCGAAGUGUUCUUUCUCAUCUGGAAUUAGGAGGAAUCAAGCCGAGAUGGAAUCGACCUCUGGUGCUCUGCAUCCAUUGGCGGCGGGAUCGUUCAUAUAUUUUCCAGGAGGGACAUCAUCCUCUGGGAAGGAGGGCAUGAAAGAAGAGGUUGUGCGACUAGGAGUUGAGCUCUCACUAUCUAUUGCUGAAUCCAUGUUCUUGCUGUCUGAUGACAUUUAUACUUUAUUAUGGUUCUGCUAUAAGUUAUGGAGAGAUGUAAUACCCUACCAGAAUCCCGUGUUAGAAAGGGUGCUUCGUGUUAUUCACUAUAUCCACUCAAAAGAGAUCAAACCCAAGAAUGGGGUGUAUCAGGAAGGUGGCAAAUCGGUCCAAUGGGAAUUGAUCAGAAACACAUGGAAGGAUUUUUCUGACGGUAUCAUUGUUUUGCAUCGCCUGGAUAUGCUUCUCAGACGAAAAGAUUGCUCCUUUAGUGAGCGACUCUUAUUGUCGGCUUUUGAAAAAUACAAGCAACAAGUGCUACACAAGUUAGAGGAUAAAUUGAAGCCCGCAAAGCAUGUUUCAGAGGCGCAUGGGUUUGCCAGGGAGACGUUACAGUCUAACAUUUUUUACUUGUGGAACUCUCUCUUUCAUGAAGAAGCAAUACCCAAAGUGGUAAGGCUUAGGAUUCUUAGCGACCUGUUUACACCUAUUUUGGGCAAACCAGUGCACAGCGAGAUACAGGCACUCCCCGUAUGUUCUCCUUACAUUCUAGGGAAGGAUUUUGCAAUGCAGGAACUCAAAGAGGAGGUUGUGCGAUUAGGAGUUGAGCUCUCACUAUCUAUUGCUGCAUCGAUGUUCUUGCUGUGUGAUGACAUUCAUACUUUAUUAUGGUUCUGCUUUAAGUUAUGGAGAGGUGUAAUACCGUACCGGAAUCCCGUGUUAGAAAGGCUGCUUCGUGUUAUUCAUUAUAUCUACUUAAAAGAUAUUAAACCGAAGAAUGGAGUGUAUCAGGAUGGUGGCAAAUCGGUCCAAUGGGAAUUGAUCAGAAACACAUGGAAGGAUUUUUCUGACGGAAUCAUAGUUUUGCAUCGCCUGGAUAUGGUUCUCAGAAAAAAAGAUUGCUCCUUUGAUGACAAACUAUUAUCAUCGGCUAUUAGAAAAUACAAGCAAGAAGUGCUGAAGAAGCUAGAGGAUAGUUUGAGUUCCGCUGAGGAUGUUUCAGAGGCGCAUGGGUUUGCCAGGGAGACGUUAGAGUCUAACAUUUUUGACUUGUGGAAAUCUCUAUUUGAUGAAGAACCAACACCCAAAGUGGUAAGGACUAGGAUUCUUAGCGACCUGUUUACACCUAUUUUGGGCAAACCGCAUAGCGAGAUACAGGCACUCCCCGUAUGUUCUCCUUACAUUCUAGGGAAGGAUUUUGCAAUGCAGGAACUGAAAGAGGAGGUUGUGCGACUAGGAGUUGAGCUAUCACUAUUUAUAGCGGAAUCGAUGUUUUUGCUGUGUGAUAACAUUCGUAUGAUGUUACGGUUCUGCUAUAGACUAUGGAUGGAUGCAAAAAGGGACUUGAUUGGUGAUAGUCCCGUGGUGGAAAGGCUGCUCCGUGUUAUUCAUUAUGUCUACACAAAAGAUAUCAAACCGAAGAAUGGAGUUUAUCAGAAUGGUGGCAACAAUUCGGCCCAUUGGGGA